GACGGCUCAGUAUAACCACCGAUAGGUAUUAACUUCUGACGGAAGCAAAAAUCAGCUUUUGUCAAUCCAAAGAGGUAAAGUGGCUUACCGUAAUCUCUCGGGUCCUUAGGACAACCCAGAAACAUCGUAGGAGCAAUGUUAAAGCGCACCUUUUGUAGGUCAUAUUUGUCAUCAAGCAAAAUGUCUACAACAUUGUUUCAGAGAGAAAAAUUAGAUUUGACAAUGGUAGACAGAAUAUUUGUAAAUAUCGACCAAACGUUGAAGAGUCACCACGCAUUCAAUGUAUUAGCGCAGAUGCUGAAGCUAAACUAUGAAAACAAAAAAACACACGUAGACAACAACAGAGCUACAUUUUCUUUUGAAAAUAUUUCAUGGAGUUUAUAUUUUGUACUUUUGUUGCAACCCAUUAAUUAUUCCAUCUAAUUAGGUAAUUGAUGAGUGGAUUGAUAGAGAUCAAGGGGAUUACAGUUAUCUCCUUCAAAUAGUCACGGAAGCAGGGAGAGGGCAUUCUCGAAGAUGAGCCAUGCACAAAGCCUGCACUGAACUGCUGGGUGCGGGAUGGUAAAGAAUUACUCUUCAUGAACAGAUUGGUUCACAAAUAUCUUCUGGAACAAUACAUUUAUCAUGGAAGAAAGAACAGAUAAAGAUAUUGCACAGAUGGAGGUGGAACAACUUAACAUUGAGGUUAAGCUUGAGCGGCUCCUGGUGUCCAAAGCAGCUGAAGAUAUAAAGGAAUAUGUGGACGCAAAUGCUGCAGAAGACCCUCUUAUUAAAGGUGUCCCUGAAGACAAGAAUCCAUUUAAAGAAAAGGGUGGUUGUAUUAUCUCUUAGCGUAACGUUUUAAGUCAAUAUCUAAUUGGCGCAUUGUUUACGUGAUAAACCUUACUGGCUGUGUCAGAUGGUGGAGGGUUACGAAACAUUUCUACUUACACGAUCUAACCCAAAAACCUUUAUUAUAAAUCAAUAUCAUUGGUUGCUUUUUAUUAUGAAAUCCAUAAAUGACUCGAAGCUGUGUUCUUCAAUCUGGACAUUAUUUGCAUGAAAUUAUCAGUUAUUAAAUGGUUUAUCACCUUAAACAUUUAUUUUUAUUUUUUAGUAGCACCUGUGCUGGUGUGAUAAAAAAGUAACAAAGCAGGACUAGGUUGUAAUCUUAAUGAAACAAUGAAUAAAUCGUUGAUGCUGUAGUUAGAGUACAUCAUUCUCAAAACGGUCACAACUUCAAAUCAACCCAUGCCUGCGGUCAUUCAGAUUAGUUUCACUUUGUGGAUAGUCUGCAUGUGAUUAAUUUUAUCGAGGAGACUUAACCCCACCUUGAUAACGUUAUAUUUCCAUCAUUGACGCAGAGCCACUGACAGAGAUGACUAGUGCCUCAUUGCUCAUUUGAGCAAUGAGGCACUUUGGACAACAUUUAAUGAGGGGUUAAAUAUCUAGAAUAUCUCCUCGUAUCUAAACAGUAUUUAUCGUCCAUCUGAUAGAAAUUUCCGGUAAGUAAAAACUGAAC